AACAAGAGAAAGAUGUGUCCGAAGCUCCCUCGCUCGAAUGGCGAAUCCUCUACACCUUGAGUUCGUUUAGCCAAUCUCAACAAACGCUAAAGAACGACGUCGUUUUGUUGAUCGUAAUUCUAAAAAAUCAAUCAGCAAUGCUGAUGAAAAGUCUUCACUUGUUGUCUUCCUCAAUCCUCCUCCACCGCUUUGCUUCUCGCAGCAUUGCAUCUUUGUCUACUCUACCCAGAAGAAGAAAUAUCGUCCGUAUACAUAACCCUUCGUUUUCUAGCCCUUUCCCGCCGAUUCUCUCUAGACCCAUUUCCUCAGGCAAGGUCUUAGCCAUGGCGGAAGAGUCUUCUUCUUCUUCGACCUCGUCAACAUCUCAGAAACAUACCAACCGUUUAGCCGCUGAACACAGUCCUUAUCUUCUUCAACACGCGCAUAAUCCGGUGAUUACUCUCUUUUAUAAAAGUAUUCGUCUUUAGAUAAAAUUGAUAAGAGAAGAACACCUCUCGUUUCAAUUAGGGAGCUUUCUUGCAAUUUGCUAAGUCACAACUGGUUUAGAUUGUAGCUAACCGGUUCUUAGUCUAAAAGUUUGGAACUUUUUUUAUUUUUUAGAUUGAUUUCAUGGUUUAUGUCAAAAAGGUUGAUUGGUACCCAUGGGGAGAAGAAGCUUUUGAAGAAGCAAGGAAGAGAGACGUGCCCAUCUUCUUAUCAAGUGCCAUGUCAUGGAAGUUGAGUCAUUUGAAGAUGAAGAAGUGGCAAAACUCUUGAACAAUUCAUUCGUUAGUAUCAAGGUUGAUCGAGAAGAGCGGCCUGAUGUCGACAAGGUUUAUAUGUCGUUCGUCCAGGCUCUGUAUGGUGGAGGAGGGUGGCCACUGUCGGUAUUCCUUUCACCUGAUUUAAAGCCGUUGAUGGGUGGAACCUACUUUCCUCCAAAUGACAAUUAUGGACGACCAGGAUUCAAAACUCUCCUUAAGAAGGUGAAAGAUGCGUGGAACAGUAAGAGGGAUACUCUAGUGAAGAGUGGUACAUAUGCUAUCGAAGAACUCUCUAAAGCUUUAUCUGCAAGUACUGGAGCCGAUAAAUUGUCAGAUGGGAUUUCUCGGGAGGCUGUGAGUACAUGUGCAAAACAACUUUCUCGGAGCUAUGAUUCGGAAUUCGGUGGGUUUGGAUCUGCACCAAAGUUCCCGAGGCCUGUCGAGAUCCAGCUGAUGCUUUAUCAUUACAAAAAGUUGAAGGAAUCGGGGAAAACUAGUGAGGCUGAUGAAGAGAAAAGUAUGGUUUUAUUCAGCUUGCAAGGCAUGGCAAAUGGAGGGAUGCAUGAUCACAUUGGAGGCGGGUUUCAUAGAUACAGUGUCGAUGAAUGUUGGCAUGUUCCACAUUUUGAGAAAAUGCUGUAUGAUCAAGGGCAACUAGCUAAUGUGUACCUCGACGGUUUUAGCAUUACCAAGGACGUUAUGUAUUCUUAUGUGGCAAGAGACAUCCUUGAUUAUCUUAGAAGAGACAUGAUUGCACCUGAAGGUGGAAUAUUCUCAGCUGAAGAUGCCGAUAGCUUUGAGUUCGAGGGGGCAAAGAGAAAGAAAGAAGGAGCUUUCUAUAUAUGGACAAGCGAUGAGAUUGAUGAAGUCCUCGGGGAGAAUGCUGAUCUUUUCAAGGAGCAUUAUUAUGUUAAGAAAUCAGGUAACUGCGAUCUUUCGAGCAGGAGUGACCCGCACAAUGAAUUUGCUGGGAAGAACGUGCUGAUCGAAAGAAAUGAGACGUCUGCUAUGGCAUCAAAGUUUAGCCUCUCUGUUGAGAAGUAUCAGGAGAUAUUAGGUGAAUGCCGAAGAAAGCUUUUCGAUGUCAGAUUGAAGCGACCUAAGCCGCAUCUAGAUGAUAAGAUAAUCGUGUCUUGGAACGGUCUUGUUAUCUCGUCUUUCGCAAGAGCUUCCAAGAUUCUUAAGGCUGAGCCUGAAAGCACCAAAUAUUAUUUCCCUGUGGUGAAUAGUCAGCCAGAGGAUUACAUAGAGGUUGCAGAGAAAGCAGCUUUGUUUAUCAGAGGAAAUCUCUAUGAUGAGCAGUCUCGCAGAUUACAACACAGUUACAGACAGGGGCCAUCCAAAGCUCCUGCCUUCUUAGACGAUUAUGCUUUCUUGAUCUCUGGUUUACUCGAUCUUUACGAGAAUGGAGGUGGGAUCGAAUGGCUUAAGUGGGCGAUUAAACUUCAAGAAACACAGGAUGAGUUAUAUCUGGACCGAGAAGGAGGAGCAUACUUCAAUACUGAAGGACAAGACCCAUCGGUUCUUCUUCGUGUAAAAGAAGAUCAUGAUGGUGCAGAACCUUCAGGGAACUCUGUUUCUGCUAUCAAUCUUGUGAGGUUAGCUUCCAUAGUCGCCGGAGAAAAAGCUGAAUCCUACCUCAACACGGCACAUCGUCUCCUGGCAGUCUUUGAGUUGAGGUUAAGAGAACUGGCGGUGGCUGUGCCAUUAAUGUGCUGCUCCGCAGAUAUGAUCUCUGUUCCGUCGAGGAAACAAGUUGUAUUGGUUGGUUCUAAGUCUUCCCCAGAGCUUACCAACAUGCUUUCUGCAGCACAUUCAGUCUAUGAUCCUAAUAAAACGGUGAUUCACAUAGAUCCCUCUAGUUCUGAUGAAAUCGAGUUUUGGGAAGAGCAUAACAGUAAUGUAGCUGAGAUGGCUAAGAAGAACAGAAACUCAGAGAAAGUGGUGGCUCUUGUUUGUCAACACUUCACUUGCAGUCCUCCUGUCUUUGACUCUUCUUCUCUCACUCGCUUGCUUUCCAAGUAAACAAAGAUCAUUCCAUGUUUAAUAGUUGCUUGUACUGUAAGGAACAGAUCAACGUUGUUCUCUCUGUUACAGUCUUACAGAGUAGAUAAAUAAAGAAGAGAACUAAACCGAGUAUGAGGUUUUUUGGUUGAACUAAACCGGAAAUAACCGGGUUUGGUUUGGUUAAAAAAACAGAGCUUUGACGAUUCCU